AUAACAGGUUUUUUCAGACUCGCAGUCUACAACAUAUAAGAAGAUAUAGAAAGCCUCGAAAAUGGAGCCCAUAUCACAUCUAGUUAAAUCUACAUUACCCAACUACUUGUCCAACUUGCCGAUUCCCGACAGUAUUGGGGGCUGGUUCAAGCUAUCUUUCACGGAUUGGCUCGCUCUCAUUCCACCCACGGUUGUGGUGGCCGGGCUUGGGUACACCAGUUAUCUAGCCUUCUGCCCUGCCGCGCGAUGCAGUGACAAGAAAUCUGGCCUCUGCAACAGCUUGAUCCGCAAAAAUGAGGCUAAAGUGGUGACCAUGGUCGACGUGGAGGAUAUUGCAGAUAAAGCGGCAUUCUGCCGUUGCUGGAAAACCAAGAACUGGCCCUACUGCGAUGGCAGCCAUGCCGAGCACAACAAGGUGACGGGCGACAACGUGGGACCCAUUGUGGUCAAGAGGAAUUAAUUCCAGCGGUGCGUCGAUGAUAUUCACGUUUAGCAUUUCCUUGUUGAAAUUUUCUUCGCCCCGGAAGGGGUGGGAAUUCUUUUGUUCAAAUACUUCAAGCCCUGUCGAGCCUUUUGUAAUCGUAAGCAAUGAUUGAUAUCGAAUCAGAUCUAACCAGAAGCCAAUAAAAAUUGCCUAAUCAGAUACUAAA